UCGCUACACCCAAAACAGGCUUGGUUAAAUAUCCAACACAUUUUUAAAAAAGAUCAUCAGAUCAAGCCCUUCGAGGCGAAGAUAAAAUGUCUGAGCAGACACGACAAGUCUCGAAUGACUCGUGCUUCGUGGGUCCGAUUACCUUCCUGCAGCUCCUUUCGAGCACCCUUAACGAUCGGCUUCUGCUAGUCGGAUCGGGCUCUUUCCUCUCCGUUUUUAGCUUGGCGGCCUGCUCCUCAAGAAAUCCUGAGCCAGUGCUGUAUCGCAAGCUUUUGGCGGCCGAUCGGAUCCAUCACAUCAAGCCUCUAGAAUAUCAUGGAGAGCACCCAGAGGAAGAAAGACGCGCUGAGAGUCCGUUUGUGUGUGGUGGCGGAAGAGAAUUCGCGGUUUGUUCGAUCGAGUGUCUCGCGGAAGUCGACGCCGAAGAUGGCCAGACAACACAUUCCUCAAGAUUGGUGUUGAAUAAGCUCAAGGCUUUUACCAUCAAUGAUUGGAUAAUAGAUAUUGACUACCUCGGCCAAUCUUCCGAUCAACACACCCAGAUCGCUCUGCUUACAGCCCACAAUCGACUCGUAUUUUAUAAAUUUGAAGCUCCCGAACAGCUGGAAGAGAUAAAUUCAGUGUCUUGUCAAGACACGACGUUAUUGAUGUCAGGACAAAUUCGAAUUCGAGCCCAAGACCAACACCUGGUCUUUUGCAUAGCAGCUGGAUCUAUAUCUGGCAACGUGACGCUAUGGGAAUGGAGCGCCGAGAACCAGGGCCAUGACGCUAUCGAGCCCGUGCAAACGACUCUCAUCGGCCAUAAGGGCGCCAUAUAUGAUCUGGCAUAUUCGCCCCUAGGGGAAAUGCUCUCCACCGCAUCGGAAGAUAGGUCUGUACGCGUCUGGGACCUCACAAAUUUAGGAGCGUCGCCGAUCGUACUCUGGGGACAUUUCGGACGUGUUUGGCGCGUUCAUUGGUCGAAUAGUGAGCAACUCACAAGCGUAGGAGAAGACUGCCGAGCAUUGACAUGGAGAUUUUCUACAUCUUGUAAAAACCCUGACACUCUAAAGUGUGAGAGCAACCCUCUCAGUAGAUCUUCACUCAAGCCAUUCUCGACUAUUCAAUUAGCACAUGAUGGAAGGAGUGUAUGGUCUGUUACCCACGAUCCAGAAACUGGUUGCUUGCUUACCGGGGGAGCAGACGGAAAAAUUUGUUCAAAUUUCAUAGAACCAAAUAAUCCUCCUGAAAUUAUAUUAAAAAAAAUCACUAGUAUCAAUCAGAUCCCAAUCAAAGCUUUCAACGUUAGUCGGGACGUCAGCAGGAUUGUGUAUGUAUGCCAAGAUGGAUCCAUUUAUGCUCGUUCUCUUCUUGACAAGGAAUGUCUGGAGAAGUUUGUAUACCGUCAUCCUUCCAUCUUUCGAUCACAGUGCCACGUACGGUUUGCACCAGGGUCCAACGAGACAGCAUACGUUGCCACCAACCAAGGCUGGCUAGUUGCUAUUGAUGGCCUAGGUGGAUGCCAACCAAAGAUUCAAAUCCACAAUCUCGAGCACACGAUUACUAUGUUCACAAUCUACGUGACUAAAAAUACAGUAUCCGCUUUGAUAUACGACUGCAAGCGACAUGCGUGUCUUCUCUACGACGUUUCGACAAACGACGAUCCAAAGCUGAAAUUUCGAAUGUGUCUACGGUCUCUGAAGACGCCGACCUCUAUGACGCUUCUAGAAACCAAGGACCCAGGACGUUUGUUGAUCUUUGUGGGGGAUGUCAAGGGAUGUUUAGCAGUCGGUGAAGCGUCAAAGAGGGAGGGCCAAGUUGGCCCAAUUGUAUCGUUGCAUGAAGACGGCAUUCUCGACAUUCGUCUCGAUCAACAAGCGCGGGAUUCCACAUCCAACUGCUUCAAGAAUGGCUGGUGCUUACAUACUCUUGGACGUGAUGGGAAUUUGAUAAGAUGUUGCAUCCAAAUCGUCAAUAUUAACGAGAUCAGAAUCUUUCAGAUCCAUCAGAACCCAAUCGGCAAAGGCAGUCUUGAAGCUUUCCUCGACUGUCCUGACCGUUCGCGGUACAUUGGCGGAUUUGAAAAGGCUCGGUGGAAUAUAUUCGAUUGUCAAACUGGCUCAAUGAUCGGUAGUUGUAAAGUCGCCUGCAACGGACAGCCCAACAUGUGGUUUUGCAGGAACAACGGUAGUCAAAGCUUGCUUUUCUAUCAGCAACAAGGAUCUAUUUUGAUAAAUUGUGUAUCGCUUCCAAACAGAAACAGUCCAAUCCACUCUAUUCCUGACUCUGGUACUCAUGGUCGCGAGAUAAAUUGUCUCAAAGUGAUCUCUAUCUUUCAAGGACUGUUGGAAAUAGUAGCUACUGGUUCUGAGAAUGGCGUCUUGGAACUGUCUCUCAAUCAACGCCAAUGUACUUCGCAGCCACUUGCGACAGUUUAUCGGAAUGCUAGGAUUCCAUUUGCAGUCAAGUGUCUGGCGUGGUUAAAGAUUCUCACUCAAUGUGAAGUUACGGACCGGCUUUGGUGUGAUGGACAUCAGGGGCACAGAGAAACGCUGUUUUUGAUCAUAUCUGGAUCGCGAGAAAUGUUCCAGACAUUCCGAGUGACGAUAGAUCGCCGACCCGACGCAAGCUCUACACACGAAAUCGAUGUGGGAGCGAUGCAUUGGUUCAGCUUCAGCCAACGUUCAGCAGAGGAAAGCGAGGUUAGAAUCAUGGAUUUGGAUCGCCUGCAUUUGGGUGAUGCUACCUGGUUGCUAUCUACUUCACAAAGUGAUGGAAAUAUCAGAGUAUGGAGCUUGGACGUCAACAAGAAAAAGCAACAGCUUCUUUUCCAACACAAAACCAACUACUGUGUCUUCUCCAUUGAGCUACUUCAAAUCAAAGUUUUAAACGAGAGAGAGACAUUGAUCCUGGCGGGAUCGGCUGACGGAGCAUCGACAUCGCCGCAAUCGAGGAGGGUAAGGCUAUAG